AAUAGGACAAAUAAUUGGUCACGAAAUCACUCACGGGCUUGAUAAUGUUUGAUAUUAAAACUGAAGGGAAGACAACAACCUUAACAGUUAUGGCGACACGAUUUCGUCAAUUUAAGUUCAUUACUUAUUGUUACGUUAGAACGGGACGAUAUUAUGAGCUCGGCUCCAUGCUUACAAUCCAGUCAUUUUAAGAAAAUUAUUUUAGAUUCGCCGGUUUGAAAUGGAUAAUAAAUUACCCAAGGAAAAAAUAUUUUUGUGGUGUGAACGACAGACCAAAAUUGAAAAAUAUUUGCUUGUUUUUACCGUUGUUGUAAUCAUCUACUUGAUGUUACAUGUACUAAUGACGUCUCCUUCAACCAGAGAUACUCUUCAGCAAGACGUGUGUUUGACGGAAAAAUGUCUUCGUUCGACAGCAGACAUAUUAGAAAAAAUUGACGAAACUGUUGAUCCGUGCGAUGACUUUUAUAAAUUUGCCUGUGGUAAAUUUGUUAAAAACGCCAUAAUCCCUGCUGGCAAAAAAUCGAUUUCUCCCUUUACCGACAACAGUGAUAAAGUAAGGCUACAAUUCUACAAGCUUUUGGAAGGGCCUGAUCAUCAUAACGAAUCAUAUUCAUUAAAACUACUCAAAGCAGUUUAUAAGUCUUGUAUGAACACAACACAAAUCGAAAAAGAGGGAUUGACUUAUAUGAAAAAGGCGUUUAAGGACUUUGGUGGUUGGCCUGUCGUAGAACCUUACUGGAAUGAAACAAAAUUCGAAUGAACCACCCUUGCGUUUCGCCUUCUGGAAGGUGAAUGGACACGGAGUUUGUUCUUUAUCAACAUUAACGAUAGUGGUUACAAAAAAUGGGGCCCACGCGUAUAUACAAUUAGCCAACCUUAUAUGGAUUAUGUAAAUUUAAAGGAAGGACGUAACGAUACUGUAGUUAAAGCUUUGUAUGAGUAUAUGGUCAAAUUUGCGGUUCUUUUCGGUGCUGACAAAGCAACUGCAAGUUCUGAUAUGAAAGAUGUGAUUGAUUUUCAAAUUGAAUUUGCAAAGGUGUUAAUACCACUUGAGGAACGGAACAAUAUCUCUUCACAUACUUCUACAAUUCGAGGAUUACAGGAAAUGUAUCCGAGUUUCCCGUGGUUAAAUUUAAUCAACAAUUUUUUGUUUCCCAUGAUGAGGUUGGUUCCGGAUGAUAUUAUUCAUGUGGAGCAACCGAAGUUUUUCGAAAGAUUAGAAAACUUUCUACCUAAAACAACAAUGUUCUUUUUAGAACUCUAGCAAACUAUAUGUUUUCAACACUUCUUGCAAGCUUGGUUCGAUAUUUACCAGAAGACUUUGAAAUAAAACAAGUGGAAUAUUUGAAAAUUGUUGAUGAGAAUUUCAAAGCCCUUCCAAGAUGGAACAUAUGCAUGUGGGAGGUAUCAAAGUUGCACGUUGCUCAGUCUUCUGUGUUCAUCCAGGUUUUUUUCGACAAACGCCUUAAACAUAAAUUGACUGAAUUAACUGUAGACAUUAAGAAUUCAUUGUUGGAUGCUCUGAAAACAGUGGAUUGGAUUUAUCAAAGCACUCAAAGAUGCGCUACUAUUAAAGUGAAGAAAAUGACUUUUUGUGUAGGUUACCCCGAAGAACUUCUAAAGGACAACUAUGUGAAAGUUUAUUAUCAAUGGUUGCACCUGGAUGGUAACGAAUAUUUUUGGAAGCUCAACGUUAAAAUAUCAAAAUUUUUUCGGAUGAAUUUCGUUGAAAAGCUGGAUGCACCACCCUUCAUUAAAGAUUAUUUUGAAGACCAUGCAAGUACUGAUGGAUUAAAAGCGUAUUAUAUUAGAAACGAAAAGUCUAUUGAAAUGCCUGCUGGUGUGCUCCAGGAUAAGCUCUUCGAUCCUGAUAGACCUUAAUAUUUGAAUUACGGGACAAUAGGAAAAAUAAUUGGCAAUGAAGUCAUUCAUGGGUUUGAUAUUAUUGUGUGGUGGAAGCUGAAUUUUAAGAAGGGAAGACAGUGUAUUCAGUACCAAAACAGGAAAUUCAAUUAUUUUGACAUGAAUUUAAAUGGCGUUACAUUGCUUACAGAGCGUAUCUCAAAUGGUUGAAAAAGAAUAAACCAGAACUUUCGCUUCCGGGACUUCGGUACACACCGCGUCAGCUUUUCUGGAUUUCUUCAGCGACUCAUUUGUGCGUUAAAAAGAAGCCAGAAUUUUCAAAGCAGUUUGAUAUAAAUUUUCGUGAUCCUUUUUAUUUACAAUUCCUACUUCCUUUCAAGUAUUCGGAUUAUUUUGAAAGGGAUUUUAACUGUCCUGUGGGUUCACCGAUAAAAGAUAAGUGUGGUUUGUGAUGAAAUUCUUUGUUUGGUAUACAAAAAUGUUAGGAAUAUAAUAAAGUUUUGUAAGAACUAAGUUUCAUUAAAAUGCUAAAAUUGUGAUUUGGCGUAAAAAUCCAAGGUGUUUUAAAAUAGGGGAUGAGGCACACACGUAAUUAGUUAAUUUGUCACUGAUGUAACCACACGAUGUUUUCCAAGGGUAGAGUAUUUCAAUAAAAUAAUUGACUAUAUUAACAAUAAUCAGGUAUAAAUUUAACAUAACACAAUUAGCUGUCAGACUUCUGAAUGCUUGAUGAGGGAAUCUAGAUGUAAAUGGAGUACGCCUGCAAAAAUUUUUCUCAGCUGGUGUGAUCAUAGUCAAAGUUAAAUAAAUAUUACUCCUAACAUGUAUAGAAUACUAAGUUUUAUGAAUAUAUUUUUUUUCUAGGGUAACUUCUCCUAAAAAAAAUCAAGAAUGAGGUGGGAGAGAGUGGGUUUUAUCAAGCUUUGGAAAGUUGGUAUAAUUCUAAGGAGUUUAAUGGAAUUAAUGAAAAUAUCCUUUUGACUUAUUUUGCACAAGGGCACGUACCCCCCCAAAAUUACAAUGUCUACAAAUACACUGGACAUAGCAAAAUAGUAAUUUUCAAUAUUUAAAAAGUUAUCCGGAAAUUUAUGUCAUAAUUACUACUACUAAUUUUAUCAUCUCGCUCCACUUGUAUAAAAUGUAUCAAAACUUACUUCCACUUGCAUCUAAAGGUGUGUCUUGGAUAUACGAUAUGUUAUUUCUGAUGAAAUGUUGAUAAAAGCCUGGCACAGAGAUCGAAUCAUGACUGAUUUAGGUGUUUUGUUUACUACAUUUCGGAGCCGCCUGAUAUGCGCCUGAUACAACUGGACUGUGGGCCCAUUCCGACCGUGCUCGGGAGGAUUGAGUUACUAUCGAGGGUUUUAAUUUUCAUUCUGCGCUAACACGUAUAAUAAAUAUUCUUGGAUAAUCUUCUCGGUAAUACAGACAUUCGCAAACAACUACACACCGCUUAUAUUAAUAAUAUUCAGGCACAUAACGCAAGGGUCGACAAAAAUCGCCAUAUAUUACGCCGAUUAAUAAUGUGCAUACAAUUUUGUCGAGUGUUUGAAUUUGAUUUACGUGGACAUAAGGAAUGUAGGGAAUCACAAAAUCUAGGUAUAUUUCGAGGUCUGAUUGAUUUUAUGGCUGAAUUGGACUUGAUCAGAUCAUUUGAAAAAGUAACGGUUUUUAAAGGAACGUCUAAAACUGUCCAAAAUGAACUUUUAGAUGCCAUGAACGUAAAAUUUUGACCGAAGGCAAAAAGAUAUGUGGAGAAAUC